AUGCUAGAGCACAUGCGGCAAUGGACGAUUCAUCUACCUCGCCAAGGCACAAACUGCGUCUCUCGUCUAUUUUCCAUUGCAAGACCGACUACAAACUCAGUUGAGUCGAAUGGCAAGCGCUUGAUUCCUCUAUCAAUCGACAAGAUAAAUGACCAAGGCGAUGGUGUUGGUACGUACAUUACUGAAGAAGGUCUAAAGAUACAAGUGAUGGUGCCAUUUACAGCUCCAGGCGAUGAGCUUGAGGUUGAAAUUUGGGACCGUGAUGUCCAAUCGAGAGUAAAAUGGGCUGCUCAUAAAUCUCAGAGCACAUGGCCACUAUUUGGACAACAAUGUCAUGUCUGGAAGCCCAGUAAUCAUCGAGAACAUCCUCGGUGCAGCAAAUACUUUGGUAUAUGUGGUGGUUGUAAACUGCAGCAUGUAAGUUAUGCCCAUCAACUUGUAGAAAAAGAAAAAUGGAUCCAUCAACUCUUUGCUUUGAGGGAGCAUUCGCCAGACAUGGAAAUCCGUGAAAUUCGAGGUGUCGAGACUGAUGGAGAACAUAUUGGAACUUACCAUUACCGUAACAAGAUGGAGUUUACGUGCAGUGCAGGUCGUUGGUUGUUGGACGAAGACAAGUUUUCAGACCAUGGCAAUUCUGCUGCAGCUUCUUCUUGCUAUCCGUUUACAGUUGGAAUGUUUCCCGUAUCUUCGGUCAAUACUCGACGGUCAAAGCAAGUUCGUAGCAAAAUUAAAGCACGUCGACGUUGUGCUACUGCGUGGAGCCCCAGGAUCUUGUCGCUAAAGGAAUGUUUGCUGCAGCAUUCAGCUUGCAACCGUUUGCUCCAGCAGCUAGUGACGAGAUGUGAGAGCGCAGGUCUAGAGGCGUAUGACUUUAGCACACACAAAGGUUUUCUUAAACAAAUUGUAUUGCGCCGCGGUGUAAACCGUGAGAGUCAUACAGAAAUUAUGCUAGGACUUGUCACUACAACAUUUGAUGGGGAACAAAGCGAACUGCUGAAGGGCAUUGUGCAGAGCAUUGUUGAAGACUGUAAGAAUGAUCUUCCAGCUGAAACUGGCGAUGCUACACGACUCGUAUCCGUCGUGGAAAGUCUCGAUUGCGAAGCUCAGCGUCAUUCUUGCAAGAGAAACAGUACAACCGAUAAUCUUACCGCAGGCAUCGCCCGCGAACGCAUUCUCUAUGGCGACUCGCAUCUAGAAGACACAAUUUUGGACCACAACUUCAAGAUAUCUCUCGGGUCUUUCUUUCAGCCGAACUCAGCACAGGCAGGCGUUCUUUAUCGCGAGAUUCAGCACAUGAUGGCAUUGCUUCCAGAGAAACCCGUGGUAUGGGACCUCUUUUGUGGCGUCGGUAGCAUUGGAAUUUGUGUGGGGUCGUAUGCCAAAGCUGUUGUGGGGUUUGAGCUUGUUGAUGCGGCCGUCGAGCGCGCUAACGUCAAUGCCCGGUUGAACGGGUAUGCUUCUAACCAUAUGCAGUUCUUUUGCGUCGACUUGACUAAGAGCUGGCAGGAAGAAGAUCUUCGAAAGAAAAUCGAUUCGUGCUCGGAUUUCGUGUUUGCUGACUUCCCAGACAUGGUGAUCGUUGAUCCUCCACGAGCAGGACUGCACAAAAAGCUCAUUAAGAUGCUGCGGCGCAUGGCACCACGUCACAUUUGCUACGUAUCGUGCAAUCCACACUCGCAAGCUUCUGAUCUCAAAGCUUUCUGUGCUCAGGCAAAGCCUGAAAUCGGAGAAUCUAGCACCUACCGGGUGCUGCAUUUACAGCCGGUUGACAUGCUUCCGCAUACUCUUCAUAUUGAAACAAUCGCGUGGCUCGAGCGUUGUGACUAG